AUGAACUCCAGCAAACGUCUGGACAGUCAGAACGAAGCUCUGUCGAAGAACUUGAUCACCUUCACUCUCGGCUUCAUCAUCAACUGCGUCAACGUAGCUUUUGUCUACAUCUACUUUAAGAACCAGGUUUUCCACAGAAACCCCAGGUAUGUGCUCUACAUCCACCUGGUGAUCAACGACAUGAUCAUGUUAACAGUUUCUGUGGCGCUGCAGAUCUUCACCUACACGGUUCCUCUGAGAUUCGCUCCCUGCUGCAUCAUGCUGCUCAUCUUAGUCACAACCAACAAAAACAGUCCUCUGAACCUGGCCGGCAUGGCGGUCGAGCGUUACAUCGCCGUUUGUCGACCUCUUCACCACGUCCAGAUGUGCACGGUGCAGCGAGCCUACGCUCUGAUUGCUCUCAUCUGGGGCGUGUCCCUCAUCCCAGGCCUCACUGACAUCAUCAUCGCCCUUGCCACCCGGUCCGUCUCAAUGGACUCGAGGCCUGUGGUCUGUUACCCGUCAUUCGUGUACAACACACCGCACCACAGGGCUCAGAGAGAGGUGGCUCAGAUUCUUAUGUUUUCCUUCGUCUUCCUGACGUUGAUCAUCACCUACCUCAAAGUCCUCCGCAUCGCCCGGACAGUUUCCGGAUCUUACCAGGCCUCAGCCAGAAACGCCCACAACACCAUCCUGCUGCACGGAGUCCAGCUGUUCAUCUGCAUGCUGUCGUUCCUCUCGCCCUUCAUCAACAUCGCUCUAGUCACCAUGUGGCCCAACCAGCGCACCACAAUCCUCUUCGUCAUCUUCCUGUUCACCAAUGUGCUGCCACGUCUGCUCAGUCCGCUCAUCUACGGCGUCAGAGACAAAACGUUCAACAGCCACAUCAGGCGACACUUCUGCUGUCAGUGCUGCAACACUGGAGAAAACAAGGUGGUGGAACCUCGGAGAAGAUCCAAACAGGUUCUACGGUGA